CAACCAGAGAGGUGAAAACAGAGUUUCACUCUGCCUCGUUUAUCGGGGAUCAAGAUUCGAGACGGGAAUACUGCGCCAAAGGAAGUGCGCCGGUUCUCCGUCUGCGCGUCCCGACUUCCUGCUCUGAGGCAGGAGAGAGAAAAGCUGCGGAUCCGCUUUCAGACAGCCGCAGCAUGGAGCCCCAACACAACACACACGCACCGCUUUAAGACACAAACACACACAUCACGCAGGGCAGACGGACAGAGGAGCAGCGGCCGUCCAAAGCAGGAUCGCCUGUGUCUCUGGUUUCACCCCAUCAUGGAGAGUUCCAUCACGCUCUGGCAGUUCCUGCUGCAGCUGCUGCUCGACCAAAGCCACAAGCAUCUCAUUUGCUGGACGUCCAACGACGGCGAGUUCAAGCUGCUUAAGUCCGAAGAAGUGGCCAAGCUGUGGGGGCUGCGCAAGAACAAGACCAACAUGAACUAUGACAAGCUGAGCAGAGCCCUGCGCUACUACUACGACAAAAACAUCAUUAAGAAGGUGAUUGGUCAGAAGUUUGUCUACAAGUUUGUGUCAUUCCCUGACAUCGUGAAGAUGGACCCUGCGGCGGUGGAGACGGGCCGCAGCAGUGAGGAAAGUGGGGGUGCAAUGUCAGAGCCUGAGGCUGACGACGAGGAUGGGGUUCAGAGAAACCAGUACCUCCACUCCAGCCUGUACUCCUCCUUCACCGUCAGCUCCCUGCAGCACUCCUUAGAACCACACCGGCCCAUCAAGACGGAGCCCAGAGCCGAACGCCAUGACGACAGCUCCUCUGUCAUCCGAUACAUAACCAACCGUGGCCACUCCUCCCUCCCCUCCACCCCACCCCCAUCCUCAACGGAGGCCUCCCAUUCCUCCAGACCGUCUCCUCAGCAGGAGCGCUCUUUGUCCUGCUCCUCCUCCCCGCCACAAAGCCCCGCCUGUACACUAUGGAGGGGGCGGAGCCAGAGCCCAGACACUGAAGAGUUAGAGCAGAGCGCUCAACCUCUAAACCUGUCAUCUGGUCAGAGGGAGAGAGUGAGGUCACAUAGCACGACAACGCCAGAGAGAAGGGGACUGGCCAAUAUUGCACCCUUGAAAUGCCGAAAACCCAAAGGCUUGGAAAUCUCCGCCUCCUCUCUCCUCCUUACAGGAAGUGACCUCGUUUCCAUUGCUCUCAACAGCCCUGCUUUGCCUUCAGGGUCCCUGACUCCUGCCUUCCUCACUGCACAGACUCCGUCUGGUCUGCUGCUCACUCCCAGUCCUCUGCUCUCCAAUAUCCAUUUCUGGUCCAGCCUAAGUCCAGUGGGACCCCUCAGCCCUGCCCAGCUGCAGAGCCAUGCCCCCCUCUUUCAGUUCCCCACACUGCUGAAUGGGCCCAUCCCGGUGCCUUUACCUUGUGUGGACGCUCCCUCCCCUCUGCUGCUCUCCUCCAGCUCCCACAAGUCCUGAUGCCAGGCUGAGCUGGGCCAGAUCAGCACAGAUAAGGACCAAGCCAAUCAGCCUUAAACUCUGAUGAUGAACUGCACAGGAGUCGGACUUUGUCUGAAUCCAAUUACAUUUUAAUCUGAAUCCUGUUCCUUUGUAUUUAUUAGAAGAAACAGGAGCUUCACUCUGAAGCUUUGCUCUCUGAGAAGAGUGUUCAACUGCUCAACUUCUUGAUAUUUGUGUUUGGUGUUUCCUCUUUUCAAGAUGUUUUUUUUUUCUCCUUCAGUGAAAAAUACAGACUGGUUGCAAAGUUAUUUCUAUUCCCUCCCCCCCUCCGACUGAUGUCAAUAUCCACAUCACUGACUCAAACAGUGGAAAUCUGGGGGAAAUCCAUGUCAGGAAUUAUGAGAGAACAUGACCUCACUAAGCCAGGAGGUUUUGUAAGUGUAAUCUUUUUCUGUACGUCUGUACGCUUAAUUUAAAGCUACAGCCAGGAGACGGUUGGCUUAUCUUAGCUUAAAUACAGGAAAUGGGGAAACAGCCAGCCUUGCUCUGUCAAGAGGUAACAGAAUCUAACUACCUUUUGGUAUGAAAACCAAACUAUAAAAAUGUGUAGUUUUAUGGGGGACUAAAGGUUGCCUGGCAAACUCACAGUAAUGACAAGACUCCAGGAAGUUACUGCUCCCAUAAUAACAGUGAAACCCCUUCAACACCAAAGUGUUUGUACUGAUUAAACACAACACAGAUUAUAUGUUUAUUAGUGUUUAUUUUACUUUAUAGCCAGACUGGCUGUUUCCAGUUUUUAACUAAGCUACCAGCUGUAGCUACAUAUUGAAACUGACAAACAUGAGAGUGGCAUCAAUCUUCUCAUCUUACUCUCUGCAAAAAAAGCAUUUCCCAAAAUGUCAAAUUGUUGCUUUGAAUUUGAUCACAAAAUGGGAAUAACUGGAUGAUUAAAUGCUAUAAGCCAAGUACGACGAAUGACACAUGGCAAGUGUCUCACCUUUUUUUUUUCUCUACACUUAAGAAACAUUUGUCGAGACUGUGGCCUUUUGAGAUGAAUCCCACACUGACCCCUAGCAGUGCACCUGCUAGCCAGCAUGCUAAAACACUCUGGAAGUCUUCAUUUUGUCUUCUGUAUUGCUUUUACUUGACGCUGUGAACUUUUUUGAAUCUUUGUAUAGUUUCAUGCUUUUUUUAAAUGCACUGUUCUUUUAAGCCUUGUACCAGCUGUGCCUUCAAUAUCAUAAGAAUUUUAUAAAUGUAUUAAGCUUUAAAACCAGGUUUUAAUAGACAUUCCAGGUCAAAAUUGCACAAAAACCUUUUUUUGUAAAAUGGCUCCUAGUUAUUUUUAUAGAGAAAUUGAUGGAAAUGUAUUCUCUGUGAUUUGCUUGUGUUUCGCUGUUUUGUUGAGAAAAUUGUUGUUUUUUGGAAUAAAAUGAAUUACUUUCCAGAA